AUGGUGAUUGCGUCGGAAGAUACAUGUCAUGUUCCUCUAGAAACAACAUCCGAUCACCAAACAGAAACCCGUCUGAAGUACAAGAAAUCAAAGCUUUUGCCCGACGAGUCUGAUGAAGGAAGUACAGCAGAGUCUUCUGAAUCAGAGAUCGACGAUUCUCGAUCAAAGCGCCGUCACCAGACCACUAAGCACAAAGACUAUGCUCAACACAAUGGCAAAGGCAAGAAAAUAUCUCUUGACAGCGAAAGCGAGAGCAGCGAGGACAGCGAGGUCGAAGACGACGAGUCUUCUCUGUCGAACUUCAAACUCCCAAGCAACACCCAACGCCGGAACACCAAACAAAAGGCUACGAAGCACAACAAGUCCACCAAACGCUCUACAAGCCAUGGAGUGCGAAAAGGAAGAGAUAGUCCUUUCCAUGCAGGCAUCAAGUCCUCAUCCUCCCGCGCAGGCCGCCAGAACAUCCAGCGCAAGCGGGAAGAAAGUGCCGACGAGUCAUCCGGCGCAGAGAUGAACGUUUCUUCGUCCCGCACAAGCCAUGGCCGAUCCAAGCGCAAGCGACUCGGAAAGCCUAGUGGACCGGCUGAUUUUUCGGACAAUGAUAGUGACAUGGAGGAAGGAACCGGACGCCGACCUGCUCGAGCAGAAGUAAAGUCCGCUUCAGUCAAGGCCAGGUCCCAGACUGGGAAUCGCAAGAAGCUUGACAAGACCAACGGACUCGCUGAGUCCCCGGAUAAAGACCUCGUUGGCCGAGCGAUGGAUGGUCUUACUUUGGAAGGGGAUACACCGAAGACAAAUGGCCGCACCACGAAGACCAUAAAGCGUGAUGGAAAGGGGGAUUCUAUGUAUGAGGAGAGUAAAGGGCCCGAGGAGCCUAUGGAAGGUGAUUCGCAUCAUGUCUGA